AUGGAAGCAGCUAACCUCUCGGUUGCUGCCACCGGCGUCGCCCUUCCCCUGGGAUCCGAGGCCUGCAGCAUCGGCCCGAGCCCCGGCGGGGUCGUCGGGUCGACCCCCGGCGGUGCCGCCCUGCCGGGCCGCGAGCCGCCUUUCUCCGUCUUCACGGUGCUGGUGGUGACGCUGCUGGUGCUGCUGAUCGCGGCCACUUUCCUGUGGAACCUGCUGGUUCUGGUCACCAUCCUGCGCGUCCGCGCCUUCCAUCGUGUGCCGCAUAACUUGGUGGCCUCGACGGCCCUGUCGGACGUGCUGGUGGCGGCGCUGGUGAUGCCCCUGAGCCUGGUGAGCGAGCUGUCGGCCGGGCGGCGCUGGCGGCUGGGCCGGAGUCUGUGCCACGUGUGGAUCUCCUUCGACGUGCUGUGCUGCACCGCCAGCAUCUGGAACGUGGCGGCCAUCGCCCUGGACCGCUACUGGACCAUCACGCGCCACCUGCAGUACACGCUGCGCGCCCGCCGCCGCGCCUCGGCGCUCAUGAUCGCGCUCACCUGGGCGCUCUCGGCGCUCAUCGCCCUGGCGCCGCUGCUCUUCGGCUGGGGCGAGGGGUACGACGCGCGGCGCCAGCGCUGCCAGGUGAGCCAGGAGCCCUCCUACGCCGUCUUCUCCACCUGCGGCGCCUUCUACCUGCCGCUUGGCGUGGUGCUCUUCGUCUACUGGAAGAUCUACAAGGCGGCCAAGUUUCGUUUCGGCCGCCGCCGCCGUCGGGCCGUGCUGCCGCUGCCCGCCACCCUGCAGGUGAAGGAGGCCCCCCAGGAGGCUGAGAUGGUGGUGUUCGCGGCGCGUCGCCCAGUGGUGGCCUUUCAGACGAGCGGGGACUCGUGGCGGGAGCAGAAGGAGAAGCGGGCAGCCGUGAUGGUGGGCAUUCUCAUCGGCGUGUUUGUGCUGUGCUGGAUCCCCUUCUUCCUGGCGGAGCUCAUCAGUCCCCUCUGUGCCUGCAGCCUGCCCCCCAUCUGGAAAAGCAUAUUCUUGUGGCUUGGCUACUCCAAUUCUUUCUUUAACCCCCUGAUUUACACAGCAUUUAACAAGAACUACAACAACGCCUUCAAGAGCCUCUUCAGCAAGCAGAGAUAA